AUGGUACAUGGUAACUAUGCUAUGACUUAUGUAUGGACUGCAGUGUCAAGGUAUAAUACCUUGACGUUGCUACCUUUCAAACAACAUCAAACCAACACCGUUCCAAAUUCAAUCUCACGGUCACGCAACCACAAAGAUGCAUUUUCGUGGGUACUUCAAGAGGUGCAAAGGCAAUACUCACAACAACAACCCAUGCGACAAGUGGGCGGAACCGAGGUCCAGAUUCUGCUGCGAUCACGUUUGCCUGAUCCGCAACCGCGUUAAGCUUCGAGUCGAGGGCAUUCGAACGUGUGCUUUCCGUAGGUCACUUGCACUACCUCUGAAGCUGCAUCAUCUAACAUGUACCUACUCAGAUACUUGCCGCACCCGACUCUGUUCAAACAUUGUGACACCAACCAAGUCUACGCCAGCGAAAUACUGCUCUGUGCACGCAUGCUCUCAGCAGCAUUGUCUCCGGGAUACCGUCGCCGAUGUGAGCUUUUGUAAAGCGCACGCUUGCAUUCGAGAUGAUUGCACGCUCGUGGAGAUGUCGGGUGUUGUCGAACUAAACCUCAUAUUGUGUAGACACUUGUCAUUGAUAAGUACUAUUAAUACUCUGUUCUGUAAAUAUAUACAUAUAUAUAGUCAAACAAAAAUAUGUCGUAAAGAAAAGCUAUAACCUACUUUGAAAAAAACCAAAACGAAAAGGGGGUAUCAAAAUGGCGAAAUCAUCCACAACUAUGGAGAAUAAAGACCCAGAUGUGAAAAAAGCGACCCUUGUGUGACCGCCCAAUCCAAACUCCUUUUCAUCUCAUAUGUGGGAUUUUUUUCUC